AUGAGGCCUCACAAACGCAACAAGCCGCGAGUUCUGUUGGCUCUUUACGCCCAGCCCGAUCAACCAGAGUACCCGCACUACGCGCUGCUCAUCACGCCCAAGUUCAAGCCCUCGCUGCAUCAGAACCUUGGUGACAAAGAACAAGCCCCAAUCCCCGCGACCAAGUACCAUGUCCAGAAGUCGCGCCAAAAUCUCCAAGGUGAACUGUUCCGGCCCUGGCAGUUCGAGAAGACGGAUAUUGCAGAUAUCGACCGUGACCCCGGCAUCCUGGUCUGCACCAUGAUCGGCAAGGUGCUCGACCUCAAGCGAUUGAAAUACGUGCUCCCCACAACGCCCGUCUACCAGCUGAACCACCCAGAUCAGGUACGAGCCUUGAAUUUCGACGAUCAUACGUGGGCCCGGGACGGUUACCAGGAGCUGAAGGAUCACCACAUCAUUGCUGGUAUAGAUUGGACCGCGGCUGAAGAAGGUGCCAACGCUUUCAUGCGACAGAAACACAACAACGACCCAUGGGCUGCUGGCUGUAGCGAGGGACGCAACCAGCCCCUCGUCCCGAUCGUGGACCUGACUUCCGGGUGUAUGUUGCGGACAUAA